AUGGCUGAUUCCGAUAUAGACAACGAUGGAUUUCUGCAAAUGCAAAUUGCGAAAAUUGAUUCAAUGUGCCCCACCACAGAACCAGUAAAACAAUUGAAGGCGAUGUUUCUGGUGCAACAUGAACGAAAAUUCAAAAAUAUUGAAUCGGUAGAUACAUUUGCCAUAGCUACUUUACUAGACCCUCGUUUUAAGACGGUCUAUUUAAGCCCAUCAGCACACGCUGAGGCAUUGCAAUAUGUUUCCGAUAUAGUUGAGACUGAAAACAUAAAACCAUCAACGGUUCCACAGGCAAUUUCAACGCCAUUAGUCUUUGAACAUGGAUCUAGUAAUUUGUGGGAGUACCAUAAUGAAAUGGUACGCGAAUCGUUGGAUAAUCAAGAAUCUAAUCCCUCUGGAGAUAUUACCGGAGAACUUCGGAAUUUCCUACAUCAGAAGAUUGUAACACUAGAUUCAAAUCCUUUGACUAUAUGGGAUUCGAUCAAAAGCGAGUAUCCUACAUUAUAUCCGAUAGCUCGAAAAUAUCUCAGUCGAAUGGUGACAUCAGUUCCAGCCGAAAGGUUAUUUUCGAGAACUGGUGCUACAGCCAUGAAUCGGUUUCGACUGAAUGCGAGACGUAUGGCACGCUUGGCUUUUAUGGGAUCGUUAUCUGCUGAGUUCUGGGCCAAUACCAGCAGUUAAAUUACUAUAUAUUCCUUUUCAAUCAAUUCAUUUAAUUAAGUGAUUCCAUGACGGUACACAAAUGCUCUUUAAAAUGCUAUUUUUCUGGAUUUUGAAAUUUUAAGAACUUUAUGCGUAGAAAAAAAAUAAAAUACUGUUGAUGUUUCAAUAGAAAUAUAAUUUUUCCGAUUUUUUGUUUAAAGAAUAAACAACGCUCAAAUGAAU